UAGGUUUUAUUCGGUUUAACAAUUAAGAUUCAGGUUCGAUUUGAUUUUAUUUUAUUUGAAUUUGGAUUAAUAACUAUAUUUUUGUAAUUAUAUUAUUUCUAAAUGUAUUUGUUGGGGGUAAAAAAUUAUGCUUUAUUUUAUAUCAGUUAAUUAAAUAAUAUAUUUAUUUAUUUACUUUGGUUUAUACAAAAUUCAGGUUUGGUUUAACUUUAGUUCAAAAAAUUUAAGGGCAAUUCUUUCGAAUAGUAUUUUUCUAAGUUUUUGUCACAAAAAUAAUUUUCAAAAAAAAAAUGAUCAAAAUAAUCUUUUUUAUUUUAAAAGUUUUAAUAUUUAUUUUUUAAAAUUUAAAACCCUAUUUCCAAAACUCCACUUCUUAACUAUAAAUUCUAAGUCUAGGUUAGUUAAUCUUAAGGUGAAAAUGUAUUUUUACCAUUUAAUAAAACUUCUUUUGGUCAUUUUUUCAUUGAAAUACUAUUUUCAUGACAAAAAUUUAAAGAAUGCUACCUUAAAGAAUUUCUCAAUUUUUAAUGUAAAAAAAUUCUUGGAUUCGAGUUACUUAAGGUUCAGAUUAAUGAAUUUGUCUCUAAUCCUUAGGAACUUGGCUUAGGUUUAGUUCAAUAUACUAUUUGGAAAAGAAAAUCGGUUCUAGAACUAAAUGGUAUUGUAAAGUAAACAUCUUGUCGUUGAUUGGUUCUGCCAAAGCACAUUGCGUCGUUCUAAUAUACGAGCCAGGACGCUACGCUGCCGUUUUAAGGGGAACACAAAGAGAGAAACAGCGUCAAAGGCUGUCUGGAGCUGCUGCCGCCACUAACAAAAUCACCGGAGAUCAUUCAUUAGUGAUGAACAUCAUUGCCUUGAGCAAACGUCUAUACUCGCCUCCAUUCUCCGGUUACCGUUCUCUGCACGGAGGAAUCAACGAUGCGCUCUCAAAAACUGUGUUCUCGGGUCCGAUCAUGGGACGAUCCGUUCACCACCUCCGCAAGGCCGGGAGGUUCGUAAUCCCUCGUGUCUUGUUCGUGUCGCGAAACCUAUCGACGAAUGUUUCUUCUUCGAAACAACCAGCGUUUCUACGGUGGUAUUUGAAAAAAGUGGAGUCGCACCCUUUCAUCACUAAGAGUGUUACUACUUCCCUCAUUUAUAUGGCCGCCGAUCUCACUUCUCAGAUGAUCACGAUGAAGCCAUCUGGUUCUUAUGACCUGAUAAGAACAGCCAGAAUGGCUAGCUUUGGGUUGAUAUUUCUCGGGCCGUCACAGCAUCUUUGGUUCAGUUAUCUUUCUAGAAUACUGCCAAAGCGUGAUGUGUUGACAACCGUUAAGAAAAUAAUGAUGGGGCAGGCUCUUUUCGGACCUUUUAGCAACACGGUCUUCUAUUCCUAUAAUGCUGCUUUACAAGGUGAAAAUUCUGAGGAAAUUUUGGCAAGAUUGAAGCGGGAUCUUCUGCCUACAUUGAAAAAUGGACUUUUGUAUUGGCCAGUCUGUGAUUUUGUGACAUUCAAGUAUGUGCCCGUUCAUCUCCAGCCAUUGAUGAAUAGCUCGUGUGCAUAUAUAUGGACGAUAUAUUUGACGUAUAUGGCAAACCAGACGAAAGCAGACAGCUGAACAAUGACAAGAAUGACUUUUCUUGACCAAGCACAAUCGCAUUCUCUUUAUUAUAUUGAACCUUUGAAUCAAACAUCAAAUAAUAGUACAAGUAUAAUUGGUUUUCUUUUUGGUAUCUGCAAUGCAACAAAAGUUUUGCAUCUU